AUGUCAGAAGCCGCGCUCUGCUCUGCAGCAGGCGUUCCAGCGGCCACACCCCUUCGUUCAUCAACGCCGCAGAAUCCGUCCAGCUCCCCUCCUCAGAACCACCAAUGCUGCGUUCAUUCGGAAGACCUGAUCCUUCAUCAUAAUCUACAGCGCGGAAAUGGGUCUUUCGAAGGAACGCGGUCGCAGUUGCUCCCCGGAACCCCUCAGGUCGACAGAACGAAGACUGUAGGGACACUCGUGAUGAGGGGCGUUGUAACCGGCCCUGCGCGGUGGCGUGGCAGCAGAGUCGCUUCCGGGACGCCAAACCUGUACUGUGCAGUUUACAAGUACAGUGUCACUCAAUGCACACUGUGUUCAUCUGAUUCUUCUGCGCAGUCUAGCUCUGAAUUUCCAGAUAGCGCCUUCUCUUCUUUGCCACCGCCAACGCUCGUGUCGAGCACCUGGGGUCAAGGGCCACUAGUAAUUGAAGGAGUCCCUGUGCUUGAACGGCAUGCGGAUACACGAAUUGAAGGAGCUGAAAAGGGAAGCUCAUGCAGAGACGACGAAAUUCAAUCCUUUUUUGUGUUGACAGUGGGAGUUUUCCACAGUCGCAUAGACUCUAAUAGCUCUACUUCUCUCAUUUCUGAAGCCGGAACUUACAGGAAAAAUGUUUCAACACCGCUACCGCGCACUGCCGACUUGCUUGGUGUUCUGCAUAUCCCACUUCACUGCAUAAAUAUAAUGGAAAACCAGCAGGAAGUCAAACUCAGGCUUCCAGUUACGCCUUUUUUUCCCAAAUCUGGGAAUUAUGCAUGCCCUGCCGAGCAGAACGAAGCCGAAGGGGAGCAACAACUUGCCGCAGUGCUCAAUCCUGCGACCUCAUUGCAGGCGUUAGAAAAGGUCUUUGCGGAUGGACUCAAUGUCAGUUCCACCGGUGCCAAUCGGUGUAACGUAAUGCUCUUUCGUCUAAGCAGCAACGGCGGGUCCUUCUUACCUUCGUCUGAUGCAGCUCUUCAAGCGGCCUUGGCUGCCCCGGCCCCACCUUCAGUAGCUUCAACCAGCCUCCAACGAUCUAUAAAUCCUGAUGAGCUCCACGAUAGUGAGACGAACAAGCUAGCGUAUCAGUGUCCUACUGGUUCAAAAAUUUCACAUGGUUCUGUAAAAGCAGAGGCUUCGCAGGCAGCGCACGUUCCCAAUUCCAAUUCAAGGCUACCGUCCGAAGCACGCGCUGUGGGGAAUUGCUGUCGCACUGCUCCGCCUAGCCAUGGAAACUGGUCUGAUAGCGCAGCUACCCAUGCAAAAUGGAGUCGGAAGGAUGUAGCAGGGCAGCUUCUGUCCCCAAGUCACAGGCAACAGAGCGUAGCGGACGUCGCUGGAACAACUCGUAGCUUGGCCUCAAACAAUUUGUCAAAGGAUCAGCAACGCCAGCGUCACCAACGACGCCAACAAGAACUCUCCGUGGCUGCAGUUUUGGCUGCAUCGGCGAUUGCAGCUGCUGCACGGGGAGAAAGGGACCGGAGCUCGCGCAGCUGUACCUCUAAAAAGCCACAACAUUCCCAACAGCUUGUCUCCCUAUUGGGUAUGAGGAGCACCCAAAGGCCUUCGAGUGUUUGCGGCGUGGUAGCAUCCAACAGAACACUUAUGGAGAAAGAAUGCAACGGCAGUUUAAGUCUACACCAACCUAGUUUAGGCCACGAGAGCAACCGCAUUCUGCAGGAACGUUGGAUCCCCGUCACCGGUAAAAGGACCGCAGAUCGGACGACAGAGUUAACUGGUGAGCCAGAGUUGUCUCCUGAUGACAGCGUUUCGGUUCGUGGAGACGAAACCCACCGGUUUGCGGAAACUCUUGCUAACCGCGGUGCGAAGUCUGCCCAUUCUGUGGCCUCCUGCAUGCUGGUGGAAGGACUGGUCCCGUCAGCCUGUUCGGCGCGCCUUAAUUCGCUUUUAGAUGACCGUAAGAGCACCCUAACAACAAGCAUCCGGAGGCUCGACUGCUUAAUGACCCGUGCGCAGCUACUGCUAAGCCAGAGACGCCACCGCCAGUUACAGCAAGGGGAAUACCAUCUGGCUCCUUCGCACGAUCCCGUACAUGGAGAUCGUACCGAACAGGAAGGAAUCACAUCGACUUCUCAAUCAGCUCCCACUGAAUCACUGAAAAACCCAUGUGGAACUAGUGACAGUUCAGACGCGUUCACAACUGGACGAAGAGAAAGCAUUCAUGAAGUUUUAACAAACGAUGUCGAACAGCCGCAAUCGAAGAGCCCUCAAAACUAUUCGUUGGAGUCAACUGAGCUUCAAGGCCCUUCCCCAGGUAGCCCCGCUCAACAAGGACACCCUACUCAUGGUAUGCCCGACCGUUCCUUCACAGCAAAGGUUGUUAGGUGGAUCAACGCCCAAGCUGCGCGUCAGAAAGACCUCCUCACAAAGAAGUGA